AGUGUGAAGUGAAGUGACGUGGAGUAGUAUGGACAUGGCAAGCGGACGUCUGCUAAAAACUUCAUAAACUAUGAGAAGAGUCGUGAAUACACCUUUGGAUAUGUUACGUUAGUGGUCUUAAUUCCGGCUACCUCACAAUUUCUUCUUUAACUUUAACGGAACAAGUUUUUCAUCCAAGAAUUAACAACACAGCGCUCACCGGCUAGCCUGUUAGCUAACAGGAGCAGCCUCUGCUGUAGCGACGGCUAAAGUCAGCGUCAUGCAAGUCAAAUAUUGUAUUUUCACGGGGGCCGAAACAUGAAAAGCACGAAGAGGGACUUGACCAACCGCCAGUGACGUGUUAUAAUUUACUGAAACGGCAAUAGUUAGCUUGCUAACAUUAGCCCAUAAGCUAAGCAGGUGAAUAACCGAGUGAACUGUCAAAAUGAGCUCUCUGCUCCGAGGUGAAGAGAUGUGCCUGGCCCAGCUGUUUCUACAGUCUGGAUCAGCAUACGACUGCAUCAGUGAACUUGGAGAACUCGGGCUGGUGGAGUUCAGAGACCUCAACCCCAGUGUUAACGCAUUCCAACGAAAACACGUCAAUGAGAUCAAAAAAUGUGAAGAGAUGGAGAGGAUCCUCGGAUACCUUCUGAGGGAGGUCAAGAAGGCAGAUAUUUCACUGCCAGAGAGAGACGUUAACCCAGUGGCUCCUUUACCCAAGCACGUCAUGGCUAUAAUGGAGCAGCUGCAGAGGCUAGAAGUGGAGUUGGGUGAAGUCACCAGGAAUAAAGAGAAGCUGCAGAGGAAUCUUCUGGAGCUGACAGAAUACACACACAUGCUGCGCAUCACUCGAAGCUUUGUACAGAGAACAGCGGAGCGAGAGCCCCUACGAGUACAGUACGAGGAGUUUCCUUUCCUAGAAAAAGACACGAUGAUGGACUACAGCAGCAUGCAGCGGCUUGGAGCCAAACUGGGUUUCAUUUCUGGGCUUAUUCAGAGAACCAAGAUUGAGGCCUUUGAGCGGAUGCUUUGGAGAGUGUGUAAAGGCUACACAAUUCUCAGCUACGCUGAGGUUGAGGAGUAUUUGGAAGAUCCUGACACGGGUGAGCCAACCAAAAGUGUGGUGUUCCUGAUCUCUUACUGGGGAGAUCAAAUUGGCCAGAAAGUGAAGAAAAUCUGUGACUGCUACCACUGUCACUUGUAUCCUUAUCCCAGCAACAAUGAGGAGAGGACUGAUGUUGUGGAAGGACUCAGAACUCGCAUUCAGGACCUGCACACAGUACUUCAUAGGACAGAGGACUACCUGAAACAGGUCUUGAUUAAGGCCUCAGAAUCCGUCUACACCUGGGUCAUCCAGGUCAAGAAGAUGAAGGCCAUCUACUAUAUUCUGAACCUGUGUAGUUUUGAUGUUACUAACAAGUGUCUGAUCGCUGAGGUGUGGUGUCCUGUCAAUGACAUUCCCACACUGCGGAGGGCCCUAGAAGAAGGAUCGAGAAAAAGUGGGGCAACAGUUCCAUCCUUUGUCAACCGUAUCCCCACCACUGACACUCCCCCCACUCUGAUAAGGACCAACAAAUUUACCUCUGGCUUUCAGAACAUUGUGGAUGCCUAUGGAGUGGGCAGUUACAGAGAGGUUAACCCUGCUCCUUUCACAAUCAUCACUUUCCCGUUCCUGUUUGCUGUGAUGUUCGGGGAUCUUGGUCACGGCGCUAUCAUGGCUCUGUUUGCUCUCUGGAUGGUGUUGUACGAAAACAACCGCACACUUAAAAACACCAGGAACGAGAUCUGGAACACAUUCUUUGAGGGGCGUUAUAUCAUCCUGAUGAUGGGCUUGUUCUCCAUCUACACUGGCCUGAUAUACAACGACUGUUUCUCAAAGUCCCUUAACAUCUUUGGUUCUGGAUGGAGUGUACACGCCAUGUACACACAGAAGUGGACGGAGAAAGAUAUCCUCGGUAAUCGGUUUCUCACUUUGGAUCCAAAUGUUACGGGAGUUUUUACCGGACCUUACCCUCUGGGAAUUGACCCUAUUUGGAAUUUGGCAUCCAACCGCCUUACAUUUCUGAACUCCUAUAAGAUGAAGAUGUCAGUGAUAAUGGGUAUCGUUCACAUGAGCUUUGGGGUUAUCCUCAGCACUUAUAAUCACUUACACUUUAGGAAGAAGUACAACAUUUACUUGGUGUUUCUACCCGAGCUCCUGUUCCUGCUGUGUCUGUUUGGCUACUUGGUCUUCAUGAUAUUCUACAAGUGGCUGGCCUUCACUGCUAAAGACUCCAGAGAGGCUCCAAGCAUCCUCAUCCAUUUCAUAAACAUGUUCCUCAUGCAGGGCGAUGCUGUGCAGCCCCUCUACCCUGGACAGACUGGCCUGCAGGUAUUUUUGGUGGUCAUUGCUGUUCUCUCAGUGCCUGUCUUACUCGUGGGGAAACCUGUCUACCUUUAUUGGCUUCACAAUGGGAGCCACCGCCUAGGAAUGUACAGGGGAUAUGAGCGUGUGCGGCGUAACAGUGAAGAGGAGCUCUACCUGAUGAGGGCUCAUGACAUGGAGGAGGGCAGCAGUCACAGUGAUCUCUCCAGUAGUGGAGAGCGCCAGACAGAGGAGUUUGACUUUGCAGAUGAGUUCCUGCAUCAGGCCAUCCACACGAUAGAGUAUUGUCUGGGCUGCGUCUCCAACACAGCCUCCUACCUGAGGCUCUGGGCUCUGAGCCUGGCACAUGCCCAGCUGUCAGAGGUGCUGUGGGCCAUGGUGAUGCGAGUAGGACUACGAAUGGACACCACUAUUGGGGUGUUAUUCCUUGUGCCUGUGUUUGGCCUGUUUGCCGUUCUCACUGUGUCAAUCCUCCUGGUAAUGGAGGGUCUGUCUGCGUUCCUUCAUGCCCUCCGGCUGCACUGGGUGGAGUUUCAGAAUAAAUUCUACAGUGGGACUGGAGUCAAGUUUUGCCCCUUUUCCUUUUCUCUCCUGCCCUCCAGCUUUGAGCAUGAAGGGCUACUGUGAAGGGACUACCUGGUAGAACUGUUAGGUGGUAAAUGGAACCAAAAGAAGCCAGCACUGUCCCAUAGGCGUAUUCCAGAGAAGUCAUGAGGGGAUUGUGAUUUUUAAAUAUUUUUUUCUGUUGAAUGUUAGGAAGUUUUCUGAUUAGCUUCACAAACCAUGGACUGAAACACCCUGCCCUCCUGACUGACACUUUGAAGAAACCACCAGUACACAAUGUAAUGCUCGCAAGGUUUCAUUAUUGCGAAUUUAUGUAACACGGAGUGUUUUGUACCAGCUUCAGUUUGCUUCACUGCAGGUUGAAAUGUGAGGCUCAAAUUUAUCUAUCUUUAUAAAACCAUCAAUUUUUCUAUAGGAGGCAUUGUUGGUAUGGUUGUUGAUGUCACUUGUAUGGAAAACCACAUCUACCAAAAUUGGAAUAAAAAAGUAAAAGAGAUAUGAGUCAAUAUGAGAUAAAGUUACAGUAAUAAAAUAGCAUUUCAUUCACA